AUGGCUUCGGCCAUAUUUUUCUUGGACCAGACAGGGUCGCCCCUACUGAGCAGGGACUUUCGCGGAGACGUGCCUAUGUCUUCAGUUCAAGAGUUUGCUCUGCGCAAAGAGGAAACGGGACUUCCCAUCUUCAACUACCAUGGCAUACAUUACAUCUAUAUCCAGCAUUCAAACAUAUACGUUCUAGCUGUUACGAAAACCAACAGCAAUGCAUUAUCGAUUCUGUUUUUCUUAAGGCAGCUUGUCCAGGCUUUGGAGGCCUUUGUGGACAAAGUUGAAGAGGAAUCGGUUCGAGACAACUACAUUGUAAUCUACGAGCUUUUAGACGACAUGAUGGACUUUGGCCAUGUACAGACUACGGACAUUAACAUUUUGCAGAACUAUGUCACACAAACGUCUUACAAGCUCGAGGUCUCGCAAGCUAUCAACACGCUAACCGAUAAAAUCAGUUGGCGCCCGCCGGGUAUUUAUUAUCGUAAAAACGAGUUAUUUGUCGAUGUUAUUGAGAGCAUUUCUUGUACGUUGGACAACGAAGGAAAGCCAACAACCUAUGAAAUCGAUGGAAAAAUCGCUUUCAAAUCGUUCUUGUCCGGUAUGCCUCAGCUGAAGAUUGGUAUUAACGAUAGGUCCAAAUCUGAAACCGCCAAAAAGGAAAACUUGUCGCAGUAUCGAGCCUCUCGGUACGUUGAUUUCCGAGAUAUCAAGCUUCAUCAGUGUGUUGAUUUGAUCAAAUUCGAACAGGAGCGUACCAUUGAAUUCAUCCCCCCGGAUGGCGACUUUGAACUGUUCAGCUAUCGCAUUUCUCAGCCGGCCAACAAAAAGCCGCUGUGGGUUGUUGACUGCGAUAUGACUAUAAAGGGCCGAUCAAGAGUUGUGAUUUCUUGCAAGGCUCGUUCGCAGUAUAAAAAACGGCAAAGCUGCAGUUUCACCGAGUUCAUUGUCCCUGUUCCUGCCGACUGCGAUUCUCCCCGAUUCAAGUCAUCUCACGGUACAGUGGUAUAUGCGCCCGAGCAGCAGGCAAUUAUUUGGCGACUUAAACACUUUGGUGGAGGCCGUGAAACCUCCAUGCAGGCUGAGCUUUUGCUGCCUGCUACCGGUGACGCUCCUACCCGGCCGACAGCCCCCAUACAAGUCCGCUUCGAGAUUCCUGGUACAACAGCAUCUGGACUUGAGAUUCGCUACCUCAAAGUCGAAGAAGAAACUCUCAAGUAUCAUAGUUAUCCGUGGGUCCGCUAUAUAACCAAGAGCGGGCAGUACGAGAUACGAAAAAGAUGGGAAAAACCUCAAGAAGUUUCCGAUAAAAAUGCAAAUAGCGAAGUGGCUACCACGGUAAGUCAUUAA